AUGGACCAAGAGGAAGAUAAUAACACAAAAUUACCCGAUAUUAAGAAUAACAAGGGAGAACCUAAUGCCUUCGUUGGCUCUGCCAAUGGCGGUUCCAAAAGCACUAACAGAAAUAUAGCAGGAGGCCUCUCUGGGCGAGCCCAGAGUAUGUCCAGGCAUAGUUCUAAGAAAAGUGUUUCAGUCACUAAUAACCUUCAGACAGCUACACAAUCAGGCAAGCCUAGUCGGACCUUGAAUAAUGCUAAGGAGAAACGAAUGCAGGUUGAGAAAGAUGCUGAAUUGCUCGCCAAUAGGAUAGCCCUCCUCAAACAAGAAGAAAUGAGGACUUGGAAAUAAAAUUGAAGAGACUCGGAAAAGAGCGAAAGAUGUACUAGAAAUGAAAAGAAAGAACGAACAGCGGAUUAAAAAGAAGAUGAGCGAUAUUAAAGCCAAAAAUAUAAAAAUAAAAAAAUCCCAGAGAAGAGUCAUGAAGUUGCGAAAGUUGAGGGCUGCAGAGAAGGGAAAGAUUAAAGAAGCCAUGUUCACAGCCAAACGUCAUGAAUUCAAGCAUACCAAGCUAGAAGGAAAGCGAAAUUCUAGAAUCCGGAAAGAAAAACAAAAACAAUCCAUGUUGGUCAAAGAUCAAUUAAGACAAGCUGAAACCAUGAGGAAAUAACCUUGAAAGACAAAAGCUAGAAAAGGCCAGAAAAGAUUUCGAAGAACGAAUUCAAAAAGAAAAGAGACUAACAAAGAAAAAGGAGAAAGAAGUGAUGCAAAUGGAGAUGAUCGAAAUGGAGUUAAUCAAAAAGCUCCAAAACACACAAAACAUCCAGAAGGAUGCUUACCAAGAACUCGAGAACGCUCUUGCCCAGCCAAGUGCUCACUUCCAGAACCAACGGAAGAGAUCUGUAGAGAAGGAAGACAAUAGUGAGAACUAA